AAGGAGAAACUUACGUUAAACCUAAAUCGACAUGCCACACACCCUCUAAGAACUUACUUCUUCAAUCAUCACGGAAAGGAUCAUAUCCAUGAUCAUGGGGACAUCAUCGUUGGUGUUGUUAGGACCAACUUCAUCACGUCCUUUGGAGGAGCACCAUCAUCUUCAACAUCCUUUGAGCUCUAG